AACAUCCGCUUCCGGUCGCUGACGCCAUGCCCUAAACAAAAAUGGCGGCGCCCACAGAGGUCUUCUCGUGACAGAACGACCUAGGAAAAUUGGUUAUAUUAUAGUGUGUGUUAAGCAGUACGAUAUAGAGUAGACGGGGUAUAUGUGACCUUAAUUGGAAUUUCUGGUAGCGAAAUUUUACGGAAGGUGUAUGGAUUAUGGCUUUACAGAGAGUACCCACGAGGUUUUGUCGCACGGUCUGUCAGACGCACCCCCUUCAUCUAUCAGGACAGAGUCAGCAACUCGUCACGGCUUCUGCUGAACCCGAAACGCCAGUAAAAAUUGAGAGAGCCAUCUUCCGGACUCCCGAGCAAAAUCCGGCCAACCAUUCACAACAGGAUGUGGGUCAGUACUACACGCUGCCUCCUGACCAGCUGCGCUCCGCCUUCCCCCACGGGCUGCCCCGCCGUUUCCAGCAGCAGGUAAUUGGGAAACCACUGUGUUCAUUGUGGGG